AAUCAUGAAUAAUAUACAGGAAGCGCAGCUGUGUGUUAAAAAUAGCAGAAGAACGGUUCAGGUUUGCUGUUUGGACUGUAAUGGAUCUGAAAUGAUCUGCAGAAAGAGUGCCGGGCUCUAGUCCCACGCUUGGGCUGGCUGUCUGGGCUUGGACUUCAUAGCCCCGGGGGGAUGGAGUUGGACGGGGGAAAUGGAUACAACAGUGAGGGGGAGGAGGGAGCUGCCGCGAUGCUGUGGACGAUAGACGAGGCCGUGCAGCGGCAGACCCUCCAGAUCGGGGCGUCGGCAUGUGGGGCUACUGCUGUAGUGGACGUGCUGCAGGUCCUGGGGAUCAGCGUGACGGCCGAGGACGCGGACCGCUGCGUCCAGACACGCCUGCGUCAAAACGAGGCCCCUCUCCCGGAGUAUCUGCUCUCCCGGAGCCAGGCUGGGGCCACACACCAGCAGCUGGUGGAGGGUGCGGAGAGGGCAAGUGGUGGACGGGUGCUGGGCCGGUUUUUCCCACUCCACCCAUCCCGGCAGCUGGCUCUGGUACCCUGGCUGGCCUCAUGGAUCCGGAAGGGUGCUGUUCCUGUUGCCACCAUGAACAUGCAGCUGGCAGUGCCCGAGGGUGAGGAGGUGCCUGAUGCCUGGCACCACCAACUCAUCUUUGGCGUCACACCCAGUGCCGUUUACAUGACAAACCCCCUGGAUGUGGUGAGCGCUCAGGUGGUGCAGCAGCGUCUGUGCAGUGAUUCGGUGCUGUUGGUGAGGAGAGAGGAUGUCCUGCAGAGGCUGACAGCUGAUACACCGGUCUCGGUAUUGCCUCAGGGACACACUGACCCCUGCUGGGACAUUCUAGACGUGGCAGGCCAGGUAAGGCAGAUGGUGCGUGAGGAAGAGAAUGACCCCAGAAUGACGCACAUUGUGAUCCCAGCAGCAUACAAGUCAGGAGUCACUCUGUUUGCCCUGAAAGACACCGCCCUUGGACAGGAGCUUCUCCUCGCCCCCGAUCUGCCCCUGCUGCAUUCGGACACCCUCAGAGUCUGCGCUUAGAGGCUACACUGAACCCCUCUGCAACCUCUGUACUGCUUCUCAUGAGCCAUGGAGAGGAAGGAGCAUGCAGGCAGAAGACUGUACUAGAUUUUAAUUGAUUAAUGUGCUGGAAAACCAGAACACGCCCUUGAUCACCUGUUAUGAGUUGAUGAAGCACCGGGGAUCAAUGGGCAGGGGGAUGCUUGUCUGUUCUUAGAGAGUUACCCCGCAGAAGACUCAAACUGAAAAAUGUGAUACCAGACUUCCUCGCUUCUCACACAGCCUCCUUUCACCCUGAUCAGAUUGUAUUACUGGAGCUCUCCAUCCCAACUCUUGACCAUCUUAAAUAACGUGCAAUAAGGCUUAAUUAUGCUUCACUCCCAUACUUCCUCUGGUUUGAUUUCUCUUAAUCUCAGAUACAGAUUGUGAAUAGAUUAAAUGAAAAGACUUGAAA